CUCUCCUCACUGCAAGACCAGAAACCAGUCCACCGAAACGCUGGAGCAGCGCCCUCAUCUCUGACCAUUUUUCCUGCUUUAUCUUUGAAUGGAAUUAGGUGAUUUUUAAGCUGUAGUCCAUCUACAUUGGAAACAGAGCAGUUUAGAUCGCCUCUGUUUAAACAGAGAAGCAUCAGGCAACAUUUUAGAGAAGGAAAUCUGCAUUUUUCUCAGCGUCGUUGAAUCUAAACCUUGAAAACUUUAGUAUUUCCCCUUUUUGGCUCGUUUAAUCGUCGCGUUUUGAGUCUGUUAUCGAAGUUUUGACGGUCUUUUGGCAGUUUAAGUGUCGUUAGUUCAAAUGUUGUAGCUAAAAAGCCAGUUUCUCCAUCGGUAUCAAUCAGCGACUUCGCAGUUGCUGAUCCCAAAAACAGAAAAACGGCUUCAGCACUGAGGUAGCAGAGGAGGAGGAAAACCCCCAAAACUCACGACAUGGAGUCGACAAAGGCUGGAGGCGUAAUAGCCUACAUCAGCUCGUCCAGCUCGAGCCCAGAGUCAUGCCACAGUGACUCAUCCAACGGCAGCUACCAGUCGUCAUCGCCGUCUCACGGCUCCUCGCUCAGCCGCCACCAACUGGGUCAGCCGGCUGACCAUGCACUCCCCGCCGGCGGCCAAAACCUUCCAGGGACUCAAAAAAGCGGACGCUCCUCCUCCACCGCCAAAUGUGGCAUCACAAAAAUUAACGGCCUGGUGCUGCUCUGUAAAGUUUGUGGUGAUGUGGCGUCUGGUUUCCACUAUGGUGUCCAUGCCUGUGAGGGAUGCAAGGGCUUCUUCAGGAGAAGCAUCCAGCAAAACAUCCAGUACAAGAAGUGCCUUAAGAAUGAGAGCUGCCCUAUCAUGAGGAUCAACAGGAACCGCUGCCAGCAGUGCCGCUUCAAGAAAUGCCUGAUGGUCGGGAUGUCUAGAGACUCUGUGCGUUUUGGCCGGAUCCCAAAACGGGAGAAACAGCGCAUGCUGCUGGAGAUGCAGAGUGCCAUGAACAACAUGAUGAACAACAACCAGCUCAACAGCAGUCAGACGAUCUCUAUUGGUGAACCACUGACGGCUGAGGCCACAGAACCUACCUCAGAGGACACCGCCACUGGCCCUUCCUGUUCUCCAUCCAGCCAAUCAGACUCCAGCUCUGACCCUGAACCCAGUGUUGCCAUGGACACCAGCCCUAGCUCAGCAUCCCCCAGCUCUUCGGACAGCGGUGAGGAGGAAGUGAUCGGCUCUGUGACCAGGGCCCAUCAGGAGACCUUCAUGUACAACCAGGAGCAGAGCACCCUCACAGCCGAGACAGCACCGCCACCCUCGGGUUCACUUAACACUGGCUCCGCCCAGAAUGCGCCCGACAGCCGCACAGAGGAGCUGUCUGACUCGUGGAAGAACCACCAUAACAACAUGGUCACCAUUUCAGCACAGAGCUCCAACUCCAGUUUGGGCCGCAAGCACCAGGAGGACAACACCAACCACUGCCCAUUCAGACUGUCCAGGAACGCUGCCACCAGCCACUGUCCCGCCUACACACACGGAGCCUUCAGAGCUCCACCAGCAGAUGGCCCCGUCAACGGGGCAUUCAGUGGGCCCCAGUGGAGAGGAGGCAACAGGAUGUACCUGGUUUGUCCAAUGAACACGUCCGCUCAAGUGGACCCUCAGAAGUCUGGUCACCAGGUGUGGGAGGAGUUCUCCCACAGCUUCACCCCUGCCGUCCGGGAGGUGGUUGAAUUUGCCAAGAAGAUCCCGGGCUUCAGGGACCUGUCGCAGCCAGACCAGGUCAGCCUGCUAAAGGCUGGCACCUUUGAGGUGUUGGUGGUUCGCUUCGCCUCUCUUUUUGACUUGAAGGACCGCACCGUUACCUUUCUGGGUGGGAAGAAGUACAGCGUGGACACUCUGAAGGCCAUGGGGGCUGGGGACCUGCUAAACUCAAUGCUGGACUUCAGUGAAAAGCUCCUGAACCUGGGCCUCAGUGAGGAGGAGAUGAGCCUCUUCACAGCUGUGGUUCUGGUGUCAGCAGAUCGUUCAGGCAUCGAGAACGUGAACUCAGUAGAGGCCCUGCAGGAGACACUGAUCCGUGCCCUUCGAAGCCUCAUCACCAAGAACCACCCGAACGAGUCGGCCAUCUUCACCAAGCUGCUCCUGAAGCUGCCUGACCUACGCUCGCUCAACAACAUGCACUCUGAGCAGCUGCUCGCCUUCAAGGUCCAUUCCUGAAGUUCUCCUGUAGUACUUGACAUGACACAAACUGUAAACGGCUCCAUGAGCGGACCCCCGGAGGCCACACCUCACAUCCCAACCAAACCUGAACCCCUCUCGUUCUCCCAUGAUGCUUUGAAAGCUCAAACAUGACAUUGAAAGUGGGAGGAAGACCAUGAAAUGUUCUUGUACUGUACUGUAGGGCCUGACAGCCUGUGUGAUGGUAAUGCGUACAUACAGACACACAGAUUGAUGUAAAUGUUUCCUGUGUUUGUGUGUAGCAUACUGUUUGUUUGCGAGUGUACAACAAUAGAAGCACUUUUCUGUAUAGUGUAGACUGGUAUUUUUGCAUUCAUAGUGCAAUAUGUGACUGCUUUUAUGAUUUGAGCUGUAGAGCUAAGAGAUGAGUGUGUAUUUGUGGCACACCUUAAUCUGAACGGGUGCUUACGCAAUGAGGGGGAAAGUCUUGAAAAGACCCCUGGACACUGAAUGACUGAUGUGUUAGAAUAAUUGAUAAAGAUAUCUAAAAUAUCUAAAAUUUAAAACAAAAUGACAAUGAGAGGAAUUUGGAUGUAAAGCUGCAAAGCUUUCAGAGAAUGUUUCAUUUGAACCAAUUGGGAAGAAGACAAUGUUUUAUUUUAGGCUUUUAUGCAGUUUUUUUUCUACGUUUAAUGCUGUGUUUUUGUCAGUUGCGGGUCAUUUUUCUAAAAUAUUUGGGCAUUGUGACAAAUCAGAUGUAUCAGUGUCGCUCUAUUGCUUGCUGACUUCUACACAUUGGCAACGCAGAAGCUCUGAACAGAUAAAUCCAGACUUUUUAAGACAUUUAGGACAUGUUGUUCUUUAUUUUCCUCAUAGGUAAAGCAUGAAUGUCAUUUGUGGGAUUUCCAAUGCAGAUUUUGAAUAUCUGCUUUAAAAACCCAACUGGAAUUUCAAAGGAAUUUGCUUAAAGGAGGUGGAAAAGUGGUGCAUUGAUAAAGGAAAACAACUUUCCUGAAGUAAAGACAUCAAGCAAAUAAGCACCUAGGUCCUUUAGUAGAACUCUUUCGAGAGCACAAAAGACUCUAUAUCCUCUGAUAAAAUCCUUUGUUUUAUUUCUUGUAACUUCAAAGAUACAGGUUAUAAAACAUAACUCAAAGCUGCCUUUAGACCUCUUCUUCCACGAAUAGCUCCACCUACUGCUCGACUUGUUGACUCCUAAUGCCCAUACAUCAUUAGUGGAUGGAAAAAUGCACAAUCAGUAUAAAUUUCCCAAUACAUCUGGAUGGAAACCCCACUUUUGACCAUGAUGUCCACUGUGUGUAUUGGUGUUGAGUUUUCCUACCAGCUCAGGCGCACCAUGAACUUCUCGCCGCCACCAGCAGCUCCUUCUGCUCCAAUCAUCGUUUCUGUUCUGUACAGACUUUAGCUGAGUGUAGAUGAAGUGAAUAGGUAGGAGUUUCCCUUGUAAGAUUAUGAUUGUAAUUUCAAAGAUUGUAUUUUAAAGAUGAGAUGACAGCUGAGUCGCUGGUGUUCUGAUACUUUUCGCGAUGCCAUCUUUUUUUCGUUCCCUUUUGGUGAAUUCAGAAUGUCUGGCCUUUCAAUAUCCAGAGCUUCUGUCGUUGUAUUAACUUUGUUGACAUGUGGUUCUGUUGUCCUCUGUGAAAGGAUUGCAGUAUACAUAGAUUUCUAUAUAAAUAUAGUAUACAUACUAUCAGACAUACAUAAUUGUAUAGAUGAAUAUAUCUAUAUAAAUAAAUUUUCUUAAUGCA